AUGCUUCGUGCUAGACAUAUUGCUCUCCGCACUCGUCUCCCCUCUGCCACUCGCGUCUCCAUCCGAUCUAUCAUGUCUUUUUCGUCGCCGAAUGAAGUUGUGAUCGUCUCGGCCGCUCGUACACCUGUCGGUUCAUUCCAGGGUGCACUAAAAUCGUUGACUGCACCACAGCUUGGUGCUGUGGCCGUGAAAGCCGCGCUCGAACGCGCACAGGUCAAGCCAGAACUUGUCGAUGAAGUCUACUUUGGCAAUGUCAUCUCUGCAGGUGUCGGCCAGAGUCCUGCCCGUCAAGUCGUCCUUGGAGCUGGCCUUCCCGAGCGCACUGACGCGACAACUAUUAAUAAAGUCUGCGCGUCAGGUCUCAAGGCCAUCACCAUUGCUGCUCAGAACGUUCAACUUGGACACGCAAACAUAGUCGUUGCCGGUGGAAUGGAGUCCAUGAGCAAUACCCCGUACUACCACCCUCGCGUCAAUCCUCCUUUCGGUCAUGUCCAGGCCAAAGAUUCACUCUUGGUUGACGGUCUUUGGGACGCAUACAACGAUGUUCACAUGGGUAACUGCGCUGAGAACACUGCGAAGAAGCACGGUAUCUCUCGUGAAGAUCAAGACGCCCAUGCGAUCGAGUCCUACAAGCGCGCCGCUAAGGCUUGGGAAUCUGGCGCGUUCCAGGCCGAGAUCGCUCCCGUCACUGUUACUGACCGAAAGGGUACCACUGUUAUUAAGGAGGACGAGGAGUACAAGAACGUCAAGUUUGACAAGAUUCCUACUCUCAAGCCUGUCUUCCAAAAAGAGAACGGAACUGUGACCGCCGCCAAUGCUUCCAACUUGAACGACGGUGCCAGCGCCGUCGUCCUCACAUCUGCCGCCAAGGCCGCUGAGUUGGGCCUCAAGCCUUUGGCGCGCAUUGUCUCCUUUGCCGAUGCAGCAAUUGCCCCCAUCGAUUUCCCAAUCGCACCCACGGUCGCUCUCCCUAUCGCACUUGAGCGCGCUGGGCUCAAGGCUGAGGACAUCGCCCAAUUUGAAUUGAACGAGGCGUUCAGCGUUGUUGUUCGCGCUGCGGAGAAGAUAAUGAACAUCGACCCCGCAAAGAUUAACCCUCUUGGAGGAGCGGUCGCGCUUGGCCAUGCUAUUGGCAACAGCGGAUGCCGAAUUGUUGUUACGCUGGCUCACUCUUUGAAGCCCGGCGAGUACGGUGCUGCAGGCAUUUGCAACGGAGGUGGAGCGGCAUCCGCCAUUGUUAUCCAAAAGCUCUAG